GUAUGAGGCAGAGAGCAAGUGACUGAGCGAGAGAGUGAGAGGGUGUUUGUGUGUGUGGGAGGGAAAGAGAGAGAGAGAAACAGUAGUGAUGAUCGACGCCAGGCUGCCACCACUCUGUAGCAGUGAGUGGCUGCAACAAAAAGCACAGAAUAACAUCCCCGACUCCCUGCUCUGGUGUUUUCUCUCUCUCUCUGCGUCUCAGCUAGCAGACGCUCACAGCGCUGCAGAGGCUAUGCUGAGACUGAGCCGGUGUCGGAAGCAGGAUCUCUGGCUGCCAUCAACAAGUUAGGGUUGGAAGACCACAGCCAUGAAAGAGAAAUACUUGAUCUUCAAUUAACCAUUUGAGCGGACAUCAUUGCCUCGGACGGGAAACAAAAGGGUAAAAAAAGGAGGAGAAAAAAAAAGGAGAAGGGGGGGUCUGUUCACCGGAGUCGCUCUGGAUGCAACUGAUCAACUUAAAAAUAUAUUUAUAAAUAUUUAUUGCAACGAUUUGUAGGAUGAAGGAAAAGAUUCCACCGUUUCUAUAAGCUUGGAUUUUUAAGGACUCUUGAGGAAAAACAACAGGAAUAAGCGUCAUCUUGGGACAUGGAAUUUCAUAUUUUGUUUCAUCUGGUUGGGCUCAGAAUUGCUUUAUUUCCGAAGAGGCUGAUUCCUUUUGUGCUUAUUCAAAAGGGUUUUUUCCCUUUGGAUUUUUUUUCCGUCUGGUUGCUCCAAGAGUCUGCGGAAAAGGACAGUUGAAUGCAGCCUCCGAUGUGCACAAAAGAAUGGGUUUCCAUUCAAGGUGGCCAUUGGUGGGACCUGCACCAGAGGCUCUGUGUCUGUGUGUGAUCAGCAUGCUCCUCGUGUGCCUGCUGCCUCCUGCAUCGUGCACGACCUGCCCUCAAAAAUGCCGCUGUGAGGACCUGCAGUUCUACUGCGACACCCAGGGGCUUCAGGCACCCCCAGAUGGUGUGGACAAGGGGGCUCUGGGGUUGUCACUACGCCACAAUAGCAUCACUGAGCUCAGCCCUGAUCAGUUCUAUGGAUUCAGCCAGCUCACCUGGCUACAUCUAGAUCACAACCAGAUUACCACAGUACAAGAGGAUGCCUUUCAAGGGCUCUACAAGCUGAAGGACCUCAAUCUGAGCUCCAAUCGUAUCACCAAGUUGCCCAACACAACCUUCAUCCACCUCAUCAACCUCCAGAUAUUGGACCUGUCCUUCAAUCAGAUGACUGCAUUGGAGCCAGAACUGUUUCAUGGACUGAGGAAGCUCCAGAUACUCCAUCUUCGCUCCAAUUUACUUCGCACCACACCUGUCCGAGCUUUCUGGGACUGCCGUAGCCUGGAAUAUCUGGGCCUGAGCAGCAACCGUCUACGGAGUCUGGCCCGGAAUGGAUUUGCUGGGCUGAUUAAACUUAAAGAGCUCCACUUGGAGCACAAUCAGCUGACCAAGAUCAACUUGGCCCAUUUCCCUCGCCUUGUUGCCCUGCAGUUUCUAUAUCUGCAAUGGAAUAAAAUCAGCAACCUAACUUGUGGCAUGGAGUGGACCUGGACCACUUUAGAGAAGCUAGACCUCACAGGAAAUGAAAUACGUGUCCUCACAUCUGAUGUGUUUCAAACGCUGCCAAAUUUAAAGAUUUUGCUGCUGGAUAACAACAAACUAGGCAGCUUGGAUCCCCAAGUCAUGGAUAUGUGGCAGUCUCUGGGCACCGUUGGGCUGUCUAGCAACCUCUGGGAAUGUACCAAAAGGAUUUGCUCUCUGGCCACUUGGCUAAGCACCUUUAAGGGAAGGUGGGAACAUUCCAUUCUCUGUCAUAGUCCUGAAUAUGCCCAAGGUGAGGAGAUACUUGAUGCCGUGUAUGGAUUCCAGCUUUGUCAGAAUUUUUCAGCGCCAGUUGUUCAGACCAUUGGUACAACUACAGACGCUACUACAGCCACAGAGAUCACAAGCUCCCUGUUUGGAAUUAUGCAGCCGACCCCCACGCAGGACUAUGCAGAGGAUUUUGGGAGCUUUACCACAGUUGCUACCACGACAACUACAACACAAACACCACGCACUGCUCAAGCAACUACUGCUACAUUGGAAGAGGCAGCAGUAACGGAUGACUUCUCGGCAAUGGACAACACUGUAAUGACUCAAAGGGUGAUUAUUGGAACUAUUGCCCUUCUAUUUUCAUUCUUUUUCAUCAUUUUUGUUGUGUAUAUCUCACGGAAGUGCUGCCCUCCCACCCUGCGCCGGAUACGCCACUGUCCGGCUAUACAGAACCGCAGACAGAUGAGGACCCAGCAGCGGCAGCCAAUGGCAGAUCUUGCAACACAGGUACCCUAUAAUGAGUAUGAGCCCAGCCAUGAAGAAGGGGCACUCGUGAUCAUCAAUGGCUAUGGGCAGUGCAAGUGUCAGCAACUGCCUUACAAAGAGUGUGAAGUAUGAACUCUUAUUUAUUCCUAGAGCAUAUGGUUUCCAUUUGACCAUUUCAGAUGAUACAGGGUUUGCUUUUUUGAUUUUUUUCCAGUUUAUGUAAAAGCAUUAUUUCUACCAGUGAGAUUUGAGAAUAUGUCAGAAAAAUUCAAUGCUACAAUGACAGAGGUGGGACGUGGGAGUAAAGGGAUGAGGUCGGGAUAGUCACAAAUUUAUUUUUCUAUGAAUGCAAGGUUGUUCAUAUCAGGCAGGGGGCAAUCAUUUUAAACAAGAAAAAUUGUAAACUGUGAGAUUUGUCUCCACAUUGUCUCUAUAUUCUGCAGCACAGAGAGAAUACUUAGCCACAAAGGCCCACUGCUUACAGAAUACAUAAAGUUGAGGAAUGUGAUUUACGUUUUAUUUCUUUGACAAAGUUAAUAUUUGAAAUCAUGUUUAUAAAUGCACCACAUGCACUGUAAGCUAGUCACUCAAACACUGGGACAAAUUAAUAGGAUCAGUCAUCAAAAUGUUUUUCUUUUACAGCUUCAUUGUUUUGGGAGAAGCAUGAUACAUUAAAGGCUGCUAAGACCAAACUCACAUUCUUAAUUAUAAAUGAAAAGUAAAUGUAAUCACUGUAAUAAUGUUACAAAUACAAAUAAAUCCUCUCUUGAGGAGAGAAGAACGCUAUUCGGUAUAGAGGAAUCAUAAUGCCUUCUAAAAAUCAAACAUCAGCCAAAGAAGUGAGUCUAUAACUUUCCAUCAAACCAAAAGGCUCUCAGUGUUUCCUAUUUACAGAAUUUAUUUGGGCAGCUCACCCACCCAAAAAAAUAGCUGUUCUAAGCCAAAAGGGGAUUUCAUUCUUAAGGGAAAUGUGGGUUUCUUCCAAAAUUUCCUGUGUGCAAAUUUAACUUAAAAGUGUGUACUGAUUGAAAACACUGCCGGAAUAGCACAUUUCUGUUCAAUUAUAUAAAUUGAAGAAAUUACCUACUUGAUCAGAUGUUAGCUCGUAAAAUACAAUGCUGUACUGCAUCCAAUGUUGAAGCACCAACCCACAAGGGCCAACUGCCACAAAUAAAUUCUUAACCUGUGGGAAACACUAAGCAUUGUUUGUCUGUGGUUAUCUCCAGUAUGCUACACUGCUUAGCAAAGCACAUGGAUGACCUUGGACAUCAAGAACAAAAACAUUAGACGUUAAAUGUACUAUAACUUGUACAUGGAUUCUCUAGCACCCAAAUGCCAUACACACUGUGACAAUAACCAUUCCAACAGCUUAGCCUAGUAAGUACAGUUUGUUGAUUUGCCAUUACAUACCAGGAUCAAUAUACAGACAAGCUAGUGUGAGAUGUGAGGGGAGCAAGUGAAUAGGAUAAUGAACACCGCAAAUACUAGAGAGGAGGGCAUUUCACUCUGAAAAUAAAACCUUUCCCCGUAGCCCAGGCUCUUAACUGCUUAAACUCUAAUCAGGACUGACAGGCUCAAGAUUGAACCAAUUACAGCAAGGCAAAAAUAAUCUAAUAUUCUCUCACCCACACCAGUGAUCUAGCAACAUUAGGUUCUUCAACCAUUCAAAAAUAGUUCCAAUAGAAUCUUCCUCCACAACACACAAAACAUAACCGAACCUGUUAUUUUAAGAGAUUGCUCUUGUUUGGGAUACAGAGCCAUCAUUUACAGUCUUUAAAAUAGGGUUAGGGUGAAUGAUGAAUAUGAAAGAACUUCCUUGGUUAGCAGUCACAAGUGUCAAGUUUAACUGUGGCUAAUACCCUGAAAGCAAAUGGAAAUCUAGUAAUAAGCAAACAGCAAGCCUGGGUCAGGACACAUUUGUAUGCAGCAGGGAGAGGAUGUGCAUUAGCAUCAGACUAAAGCUGCUGCCGCAGCUCCGCACUUCUUUGUGUUCAGUUUGGUGGUGGGGGCAGGGUGAAAGAGAGAGGAAUUAAGAGGAAUUGAUGGGACGAUGGAGAGGGGCAAGUAAGGGGUAAUGUCGUAGUUUAUCAAAACCAAUGGGCAUAGCUUUGGCUAAGUAAAGGUAGUAGAAAUAGAAAUGAUGAAUACUGACUGACAGCAUCGUGGGCUUGAAAUGCACACUGAACAAACAGCAGCAGCGGUUUCAUAGAUGGUGAACUGAUGAGCUGUAUUGAGUGUUUGUAUCGUGAAAAAUAAAAAAGGAAUCGAGUAAGAAUCUUCACCCUUGAAAUCAGAAUAUGGCACUUUCUGGACAGUUAUACUUGUGGCUAUAUUUAACAAAGUCAGCCAUUAGGACAGCAAGAUGUCACUGAUAGCAUGGCAUCUUGAAGUGAGAUAUCUGGUUUUGAGCAAUUAGGGUGCAGUCUGUUGGCUGGUGCCACUUGAGGUAGCCAGGGGGUAGCAUUUGUGACUUUGUCUCUCUGGGGAGCCUGCCACAUUUGGCUUCAAACUUCUAAAUGAAUGUUUGUGUCAAUGUUUCUCUGCACAUGCUCAUUGGAUGCCUGCAACGUCUUCUACGGUGUGUAAACCAAAACAUGUGACAUCUCACAUUUGAAUUCAAGGAAAACCACACACUGAUCAUACCGAUUUCCAAAGCCAAGCAACACCACUUUGUUUCUAACUUUACUUUCUUCCAGCACUGCUUUUACUGUGGCCCUCUAAUCUGUCUUGCAUGUUCAAAAUUUUAAGUUGAGUUGAAUAUUUCUUAAUGUCAUUCAGCAAACAUGUAGGGAGACCUCAUUUUUGAUAACUCCAAGAAUGGGGAUGUAUGUGGAGUUCCUAUAAAAGUUUUGUCAAUCAUUUGAAAUUUCACUGUUUAAGACUACAGUUGUACUGAGUGACUGAAAAUCCACAGAAUUUGUAGAAAUAUGCUUCCCUUUGCACUCUGGCUCUUUGUAAACUGUUUUUGUUCCCUCUUGUCAUCCUCUAGCCCUGGUCCCCAUCCUGCCUAAAAAAAUAAAAAUAAGAAAAACCAAGUGAACAAAUCCCCCUCUCUCUUAUCCAACCUCUUUGUGCAAAAUGAAUGCUUUUCUCUUCCCUUUUUCCUUUUGUAUUGUAAUAUGUACAAUUUCAUAUCUGUAUAGUGGAAAAGAUGUGCCAAACUGAAAAAAAAACAUUUUCCCCCCAAAACAUAUAUUUUUUAAAUAAAAUGGUUAUAAUUUAAAGAGUGUUUGCUAAAUGAUGGAUGCUCACAACAUGGUUUGGUCUUUUAUCCAAUUUUUGGAUCAAUGUAUAAAUCUGACACUUGAAAAAAACAAAAAAACUUAUAAAAUAAACACAACUCUUGAUGACGGUAACAUGCAA